GUUUUUCUGAAGUUUUAACUCUGAUGGCACAAGGCGUCUUUCGAUGGUGGCGUGGUCGAGGGUCCCACUGGACACGAUUCUCCCAGCCUUUCUUUACCACUACAAAUACCCCUUCAUUCCCUUCAUUUCACGACCAUCAUCAUCCUCAUCACCUUCCUUCUUCCUUCAUCUGCAACUCGCACUCACAGUGGUCUCUCGCUAGACCUCUGUUGGAUGCUUGUUGGCCCCCUCUAAGAUAAGUAGUUGCGUGUACUUCUCCUUUGGGUUAUUGGAGAUGUCUGCUCAAGGUUUAAUGGCCUUGUCUCUGGGGACGGAGCAAGAGACUAAGCUCGUGCAGAAGCAGGGCAUAGUCACUAUUCUGAGCUCUGACUGUGAGAGGAACAGAGCUACUUCUUCUUCUUCCCUGCGACGCACUCUAUCCGCAGACAUGUCCUCCAAGAAAUGGCUCUCUCAAAAUGGGUUCUUCUCUUCCAUGAAGAAGACUUCUUCAUCCCAAAAGUUCUCACAUUCAGAAACCAUCAUCGCAGCUGCUGACUCUUGCUCCUCCUUGUCUGAGUCGGAAUCAUCAGAUGACUGCGAAGAAAGGAAAGAUCUGGAGGCUGAAAGUAUUUGGAGCGCAAUCCAAAACGACAAAAACAAGGAGAGUGAGAAACCUCGAGCGUUUGACACCUGGAGCUCCAUUGUAUCCCAGAAAACCGACGAGGAUGCCUCCAAAUCACCCCUACCUCCUCCUUAUAUUCAUCCACUUGUGAAAAGAUCGCAAAGCUCUCUGAGUGAGAAAAGCCUUGAGAUUUGCACAGAGAACCUCGGAUCCGAAACAGGGUCCGAUGGGUUCUCUUCAUACCCGCCAUCUGAGACCGGAGAAACAGAGGAAGAUAAGGACGAGGAGGAGGAAGAAGAAACAGAAAAAGAGACGCUCCAAGAACAACGCGAGGUGGAGGAGGAUUUCGCUAUGCCGAAAUUCAAUUACUCUGCAACUUCCAAGAAAGCUGUUCCUCGUUCUUUCCCUCCUCCACUUCCUUCCCUGACUCGUCAAGAUGGACCUUCUGUUCACAUGAGGUCCCGCCGUGAAAAUGGAAGGCUUGUCCUCGAAGCUGUCUCCGUUCCUUCUCAGAACAAUUUCUGUGCUCGUCGCCAAGACGGCCGCCUUCUCCUCACUUUCAAUAACCAUGCCACCGACGACGAAUUCCAUCAUGAUGAUGAAGAAGAAGGAGAAGAGUCAGACGGAGAAGAUUACGAUGUAGACAUAGAGGAGAUGGAAGACGAGUUUGGGGGGUAUGAGAAAGAUCAAGAAGAAGAAAAUGAACAUGAAGAGGAUGAAGAUGAGGAAGGAGAGGAGGAAGAGGAGAUUGACGAAAGUGAGAUUAUAAGACAGGCACCAAUACUGUCUGGCAGAGUUGAAGGCGCAUACAGGUUUGGAUUAACAACGAAUAAGCCAAUUGGGUUUGUGAAAAGGAACCCAGAGUGGUCGGGGAAGUUGAACGAGGUGGUGAAUUCGGGGGAUGUGAAGAUCGUGGAAAAAAGUACGACGGCGGCGAAAUCACUUCCGCCCAGGCCGAGGUCGGCAAGAUUGGUCCCACCAGCACCAGCAGGGGCAACUUGUGCAGCAGCAUCUUUCAAUGCUUAUGAAUACUUCUGGAGAGCCAAAUCCACAGAUCAUCCACAGAAUAACUCAACCCUGAAGAACUAUAAUAGCAGCAAGCGAAUUGACUGCGAGGCAAUUAAUCAAACAACACCUCACGAGCAACAAAAAUCGAUGGUUCUGAGAGGGAAGAAUGGCGAUUACUUGGUUCACAAUUUGAAGAGUUGCAAGGAGUCCAGAAGAUCCUUUCUAUUCUGGGAACCCCAUUGUAUUGCCACAUCCUGAGUCACACACCACAAUUACACAAUUCAAGAUCACGAACCCCAAGCGGUCCCACUGCUAAUCCACAACACGAAAUCCACUUGCUCCAAUUAUUAAUUACUCCAUCCGUUUCCCUGCCCAGUCCCGCUCUUCAGGGAGAUGUCAUCAAAUAAAAGAUGUGGAGAAGGACAGAGAGAGAGAGAGAGACUUUUAAUUUGUCAGAUCAAAGAAAUGAUAUUUAUAUGAUAUUAAUGUAAUGUGUACGCGUAUGUGUGAAUUCAUCUUGCUUCUUCCAA